AUGUGCGACUUAAACGCAAUCAUAAUUUCGAUUUUAAGCAACGAUCAAGCUGCCCGGCAACAAGGUGAAAACUUGUUGAAGAGCGCUUUUCAAGAAAACCCAGAGCAUGCUUGCUAUAAUCUCCUAGCUUCUAUGACAUCAUCGAAUGAAGAUGUUUCAGGCUUGGCAGCAAUUCUUUUGAAGAAAAAACUUAUAGACGAAGGGAUUUUGCAGAGAUCUUCCAGACAAUUCCAUAGCCAACUGAAAGAUUCAUUAUUUUCUUUGAUUUCUCCUGAAAAAUCAUUUUUAUUCCUUAAAAGGCUUGCUGAUGUUUUAGUUAAUUUUUCCAUUCUUGAUGGAUGGGUAAAUGAACUCAUGAGCUUUAUAGGGCAAUGGAGUACACAUCCUUCUCCAAAUCUGAAGCAGUUUGCUAUGUACUUAUUUGAACUAGCCACUGAAUAUCAGCUAACUUUGGCCAUUUUGAAAGAAAACGCAAACUCUGUGAUGGGGAUUCUAUGGAACUCUUUGCAAGACCCAAAUAUAUUCAUAAAGCUUGCUGCAAUCAAAACGAUGCUGAUUUUUAUGAUUUCUCUCAAUGAUGAAUCAGUGAUAACAAAUUAUGGCCAAGUUUUUGAGUGAACUAUAAAUAUUAUCAGUCAAGCUGUAGAGGAUCCAAAUUUAAAUAGCGAACAUUUAAUAGGAGCUCUCAGAGUAGUUUCAGAAAUAACUGAUGCAUAUAAAAAUUGCUGGGGAGAUCUCACCGAAAAGCUGGCUCUUCUAAUGUCAUCUAUUUCAAAAUCUCAAAAAUUCGGCUGUGACUGCAGGUCAGGAGCAGUCGAAGUAUUAACUACCCUCAUCAAGAAAACCCCUGAAAAUCUAAAAAAUAAUACUUUUUUCAUACAAGAAACAUUAGCCCUUGGCUUCAGCCUCUUAACAGAAAUUGACUUCGCAUUUGAUAUUGAAGGAUGGAGCCAAGCAGACUCUGUAAUAGGUCAAAAUGAGCCAUUCAGCUUGGGAAAAGAAAUUCUUAGAGAAUUAUCUGUAAAUCUGAGUAAUGCUGUUUUUGCAGAUGCAAUGAAACUUAUAUCAGCCCACUUACAAGCUCAGCAUUGGGCUAAUCAGCAUAGCGGAAUUUUGGCGAUUGGAUUAAUUGCAGAAGGCUGCCACAGUGCUAUAAAUGAAAUUCUUCCUCAGCUUAUGAAUUCUCUCAUCAGUUUCACAACUUCUGAAUUGCCUAGACUUAAAUGGGCAGCUCUUAGUGCAAUAAGUACAUUUUGCAUUGAAUUUGAACCAGAUUUUCAAAAAGUUUAUCAGUCCCAAAUAAUUGCAGCAAUACUUAACUGCCUUGCUUUAGGGAAUUUAGCAAAGGUGAAAAGUCAGGCAGCUAUUUGCAUUUCUGACUAUGCAAAAGGGCUGCUAUCGGAUAGUGCAAAUCCAAAAACAGAGCUGAUUCCAUAUCUCCCAAGUCUAAUUCAAGCAUUUUUAUCAAUUUUUUCAGACCCUACAACAACUCCUUAUUUGCAGACCCAAAUUUUCAGUGCUUUGUCUAUACUUGCAGAAACUGCUGAUACCGACUUUUCGCCUUACUAUAGUCAAAUAAUUUUUGGAGUAAGAAACAUCAUCAUAUCUCCUGCAAACAGCAUGGAUGAAAAAGAAGUAAAAACCUACGCGAUAAAAUGUGCAGGAGCUAUAAUAGAAAGUGUUACUGGCUCACCUGAAAAUUUUAAAGAAAAUGUGAAUUCUUUGCUAUCUGAAUUUUUAAACAUAAGGAAUAUGUUGGAUGAAGCAGAUCCAAUCCAUCAAGCUAUUAAUGAAACUUUGCCACAAUUUGCGCUGCAUUUACAAGAAAAUUUUGCUCCUUUUUUGCAAACUUUAAUCGCGAAAAUUCUUGAAAAUGCUGACCAAGUUGUAGAUAUUCGAUUAACUGAUGUUGAAAGCGCUGACUCUUUGAGUGCGAAUAAAAACAUGAGGACUAUUCAGUUUGAAUUAAAAGGACUUGGAAGAAAACAGCUAGCUAUUAGUACAACUUCACUUGAAAGCAAAAUUCGGGCUUGCAAAACUUUAUAUGGCUUAGUUGAAUCACUAGGGCCACUAUUUUCUCAAUACGUAAGACAAACUGUUCUUAUUACAACUAAAUUAGUUUCAUAUAAAUUCAAUUCAGAUAUAAGAAAAUUUGCCUUGAAAACAAUAUGUAGCUUGCCUAAUUGUUGUGAAAAUUCUCAACAAAGGGAAUCUUUAUUAAUUCAAAUAAUUCCAACAAUCCUCGAAGCAUUAUCAAAGUUAAAAACGCAAGCUCCAGUCGAAAUCCAUAGGCAGCUAAAAUCACUUUUAGGCUGUAUGGAAUCAGUCGAAAGUGUUGCUGUAAUUAGCUUAGGCCAAGCUUAUCAGCUUAGUGCUCUUCUCGCAGAAUGCUUAAAAGACCUUUUCCAAAGAAAAAUUGACAGAUCCCAAGAAGUGUUAAUGACGUUUAGUGAAAAAAUUUUGUCAGAGCUAGAAGAUGAUGAAAACGUUGAUGAUGAAAUUUUGAAAAAAAUUAUGGAAAUUGUUGGGAAAAUGAUGAAAUCAUUCAAAAUCCAGUAUCAGCCAAUUUUUUCUGAGUUUUUUAAGAAUGUUUUUGGCGAAAUUUUAUAUAAGCAAAAUGCUAAUGAGAAUGAAAUUUUGAGCUCAAUAUGCAUUUUCUGUGACUAUAUAGAAGCUACUGGAGAUCUAAUGAUAAUUAAUGGAGCAUCGCCACUUUUAGAACAAUUUAUACAAAAAUCAUAUCAUAGUAAUUCUGAUAUUAGACAGAGCUCGGUGUCUGGGAUUGGAAUUGUAGCUGAAAUACGGGACUCAAGUAUUUUUCCUGCUUAUUUAGAAAAAGCUUUACAAGCUGUAAACUAUAUUUUAAGCCUUCCAGACUCAAAAAGUGAAGCUUUAAUAACUUCAACUGAAAGCGCAACUGGAACACUUGGAAAAAUCGCAUUGUAUUAUAGAUCUGAUCUCAUUGGAAAUUGGCUAAAUAUGCUACCUUUAAAGUCAGAUCCUGAAGAAGCUAGAAACAGUCAUGAACUUUUACUAACCCCCCACUUUAAAUCGGAUAAAAUACAUGUAAAAUUUCCAAUUUUUGAGUACUUGAGCCCACCUUUAAAUUAUCACAGUUUUUUUUUUCUAUAGGAAAAAUUUAAAAGUAAAAGUAACUAAUUUUUAUAAAAUUAUUUUUGACCUAACUUAAUGGGAUAAUUAAAAAUGAGUCUCGGCCCGAGUAUGACUGUCUGGUCAGGUAGCUUCGAACGCAUAUUUAAUUAUAUCUGACAAGGUUUUUCCAACUCCGAAAUGGGCAGGAACAUUAGGUAAGAAAUUCCAGCAGUUGUGGAGCCUAGCCCUAAUCCGCUUUUAUCUAGAUUUACCUUGGAGGAAAUAGGAGGAAUCAAAGUUGGAAAGAGAAAGCCCACAAGGUCCGCAGACAAUGCCCACACCGGUCGGCAAAUCUCUAGCGCGAAACCGGGAGUCUGCCAGAAAUUUACUUUUAAAUUGGAACAGAAUCUUUGCUUUAAUUUAUAGGUGGAUUAAGAAAUCUUGGGAACUUAAAAGAAUUUGAACUUAAAAUUAGGGAUAUUGUUGGAGAAAUUAAAAAAUUGCCUAAUGAAUAUUUAACAGAUGAAGGGAGAAAUAUUAUCUUGCAGAGUUAUUUAUAA